UGCAGUGAUGGUGGAUAUGAAUUCUCCAAGGAACAGGACGAUAUUCUUAAAUCGGCCACUUCAGUGCCCUUGGAUUACGUCCCAGCCGUAUCAUUUCGCGUUCGCGUUUAAAAAUAACCCUAACGAGCUCGAAAAGAAAAAUCAGCUUGUAAACAACUCAAUGAAUACGGAAAGCACCGUGGAUGCUUGCAGGCCGCUAUCGCACGAGACUCCCAUCCAGCAAUCGUCCAGUCACUUCUUCUACUUUCUUCGGCUGAUGCAGUUAUUUCCCGACACACACCCCGCUACUUUGCAUUCCGUGCUAACGCUUACGAAGAAUAACUUUUUCUAUGCUAUCGACAAACUGUUGUACGCAAAAAAAUGCAAAUCGAUCUACGGAAAGAGGCACACGAGGCACUCGAAGAACGCUGGGCAAAAUAAAAUGGUGAAUGAAAAUUAUUCCAGACCGGGUGCUUUAAGCGACAAUCGGCAAGUAGCUGUGGGAGUAUCAAACCGUAAAAGCACGGAAGGGCCUGAGGAAAUUAUCGAAAUACUUUUUGAAAACGAACGCGGACAAAAACUAGAAGAGGUUACCGGCUAUUUUGAAAAUUUGGAUCAGGGCGAAGCUGUCAUAAUUAUUGGUGAUACCAGCGCGAACGCUGUCGAGAGCGGACAACUCGAAGCAUUUUCCGAAGAAGAUACCGAAACUGGUCUAGAAACGCAAGCGGAUUAUAUCCCUGCCAAUGGAGUAGAUUACGUUUAAAUUUGAAGUUUUUGUUCGACGUUAAUUAUUUUGAGUGAUUAGGAUGUG